CGCGAUCGGUCGGUGUUCGUAUUGGACGGUGCGGUGGAUUCUUAUUCGUGCGUUAAAAUAUGAUCGGAGGAACCUAGACUAGAGGCGGACUGUACUUUUUACUACGACAUAGUGAUAUUAGUGUUUUGAGUUGAACGCCGCGCGGACAAUGGGUCUCCUGCAGAGCAUUACGCAGACCUUCUGGACUCCGCUGGUGUGGUUGCCGCCGAACACCACCUGGGAUGACAUAGCUCCCGGCUCUAGACCGGACGUGAAUCACGCCGAUUACAGGGACCUGAUAUGGCCUUUGCCCAUGGCCGUCGCGGUGAUUUUGCUGCGAUAUACGUUGGAAAGAUUUUGGUUAGCACCAAUCGGAAAAUCAUUGGGAAUUCGAAGCUCACGUCCAAAAAAGGCGGCCACCAAUCCAAUAUUGGAAGCUGCCUAUACUAAAAAGAGUAGACUGAAUCACAAAACACUAGUAGCCUUGACUAAACAAGUAGAUUUGACCGAGCGGCAAAUUGAACGCUGGUGGCGUUUGAGGCGCGCUCAAGACAAACCUUCUACGUUGAUUAAGUUUUGUGAGAACUCAUGGAGGUGCAUUUACUACACAUACAGUUUUAUGUAUGGUGUGAUAGUUCUAUGGGAUAAACCAUGGUUUUGGGACAUAAAAAAUUGUUGGUAUGGAUAUCCACACCAGUCUGUGGAAAGCGGGAUCUGGUGGUACUACAUGAUUUCAAUGUCCUUCUACUGGUCUUUGACGGCUUCACAAUUUCUUGACGUUAAAAGGAAGGACUUCUGGCAAAUGUUUAUUCAUCACGUUGUUACACUGCUUUUGUUAGCACUGAGUUGGGUUUGCAACCUGCACAGGGUGGGAUCAUUAGUUUUGGUUGUUCACGACUGUGCCGAUAUAUUCCUCGAGGGGACCAAAAUCAUGAAAUAUGCAAACUAUCAAAAAGUUUGUGAUACUAUGUUGGUGAUUUUCACCAUUGUAUGGAUAAUUACAAGGUUAGGUUACUAUCCUAGAAUUAUAUACAGCUCAUCAGUUGAGGCUCCUCGCAUAUUACCUAUGUUCCCGGCGUACUACAUAUUCAACAGUUUACUGAUAUUGUUGUUAGUUCUACAUAUUAUAUGGACCUACUUUAUUUUACAAGUAGCCUAUACUGCGUUUAAGGCGGGACAGAUGGAAGGCGAUGUACGUUCAAGUACAAGCGAGAUAUCGGACAGCUCGGAAACUUCACGUGCCGUCGCGAACGGUACAUCGAAAAGGAAGAAAACUCCUUCAACGCCCGGAACACCAAAACUCGAAAGUGAACUUAAAUCAAAAUCCAAAGCAAAUUAACUCAUUUGGGGAUAGUUUUUUAAUGUAUACACAAUCACACAAAACAUAUUUUUUUCAUUCCAAAUAUGGCUAAAGUUUAUCGUUAACUUCUAACGUAAAGGACGGAUAACGUAUUUAUUUCAAAUGUAAAUGUCACGAUGGUUUUUUCUGUCUUCAAAAACGAGUGUUGGAUUUUAAGCUACAUUCAUACUUACAAUUGAUAUAUAUAGAAAUGCAAUAACAUUUAAGCGAAAAGUCUUAAUUUAAAACAGUGUUUGUUUUUGUAAGUUUGUACUCUUACCAAAUAUUGUUAUCAUUUGUAUUAUAUAUCACAGUGGAAUUUUUAUUUAGUAAAAAUAUUUAGAAGCUACUUGUUUCUUAGUGUACUGAAUUUAAUUUAAAUAAAACAAUUGCUUAUUUUGCAUCAAUCAA